GCUUUGAGACUCAACACAUACGUGCUCACCGUCAUCACUCACCCACAUUCACUCAUUAUCUGACAAGAUGCGUGCUGCUCUCAUCUCCGCCCUCGCGGCCGGCGCCGCCGCCACUCGCCCGUUCCUGAACGAGCCGGAUACCGGUAUCGAGCUUGCCCUUGGUGACCUCGCCGUUGGUGCUCUGCCCAACCUCACCCAGAUGGUCGGCCUUCCUGACUUCGAGUACGCCGCUCGCAACUACCUCCCCAUCAAGAACUACACCUACUACCGCAACGGUGCCGCUGGCGAAUGGUCUUACCGCAACAACCUUGAGGUCUUCGGACGCUACCGCCUCCGCCCUCGCACCAUGGUUGACAUCACCAACAUUGAGUCUACCCUCAACACCACCAUCCUGGGACACAACUUCUCUGCUCCCAUCUUCAUCAGCCCUGCUGCCCGCGCUGAUUACGCUCACGCUGAUGCUGAGCUCAACCUGAUGAGGGCCGCUGCUGCGGAGAACAUCCUCUACAUGCCCGCCCUCUACGCCGCCAAGACCAUUGAGCAGAUCGCUGAGGUCAAGGCCGAGGGCCAGGUCGCCUUCCAGCAGGUGUACCUCACCACCAACGACACCGCCACCCAGGUCCUCUUCGACCGCAUCAAGGCCUCCGGCGCCAACGGCAUCGUCUACACCGUCGACUCCGCCGCCGAUGGCAACCGUCACCGUGCUGCGCGCUUCGCUGUCGGCUCCGCCGACUCCGACUACUCCCUCAUCACCUGGAACGAGUACCGCAAGCUCUCUAACAUGACCGACCUUCCCAUCCUCAUCAAGGGCAUCAUGACCGUUGAGGACGCCGAGGCCGCCAUCGAGAACAAGGUCCCCGCCAUUAUCCUCUCCAACCACGGUGGUCGCCAGCUCGACGGCUCCCCUUCUUCUCUCGAGGUUGCUCUCGAGAUCUACGAGAAGGACCCCGAAAUCUUCCAGAAGAUCGAGGUCUACGCCGACGGUGGUGUCCGCUACGGCGCUGAUGUUCUCAAGCUCCUCUCCCUCGGUGUUAAGGCUGUUGGUCUCGGCCGUCCCAUUAUGUUCUCCAACAUCUUCGGCCAGGAGGGUGUCGAGAAGGCUAUCCAGCUCCUCAAGCACGAGAUCGCCAUCGACGCCGGCAACCUCGGUGUCCCCGACCUGAAGAAGAUUGACGCCAGCUACGUCAAGUGGACCCCCAACAACUGGUACUCUUAAGCGUUUCGCUGGGUACUAGAUAGAGAGUCGGAAUGUUGAGGGUAUCUUUUUUGCUUGAUUCGCACAACGUAAAUGAUACCAUAUGAGUGCUGUAUAUACUCUUUCCUUUCUACUGAACAUAGCCUUGGCCUGCGAAUUGAUAACCCUC